AAUCGAGACGGAAAACAAGACGGACGUUGCUGCGCGUCGCUCCCGAAAAAUAUUUAAUUUGAGGACGCUCUUUCGCGAGUUCAGACGCAGACAUAAAUAAACCAUCAACUUUUGCUCCAUUCCAGACUGCAAAGUCGGUUGUAGCCAAGCCCCCAAACCCCCAUUGCAAGUGAAUCGGCUUUAACAAAAGUGUCGGCGGAGAAAUGCUGAACGGACAGCGUCGCGUCUAACAAAAAACAAGUACACAGCUUGCGAAUGCACAUAAACAAGACGAGACAGCAAACGAAGAAUCGAGUGAAAACCUAUUUUAAAACGCCGAGCUAUAUUUAUUUUGUUGACGCUCAAGAUUUUUGGUGUUCGCAUCUGAAUGUCUGCGAGUGCGUGUGAGUGCGCGAGUGCAAUUGUGUGGGUUGCAUACCACGGCGAAUAACUGCAAUUGCAAUAGAGAGCAGACACAUACACACAUAAUUGGAUUAUGGCCACACGGCAAUAAGAACAGAGAGUGAAGAGAGCAGUGGCCAAAACCGAACGGACUUCCAAUUGCGAGCGCUUCCAUGCAGCUUCCACAACUGCAACGUGCCAAGAAUCGAAGAACAAUCCAAAGCAUUCUAAAUAACGAUAAUAAACAACCAACUAAGUACACAAAUUUCUGAUACGAAGCAAAAACAGUGAUUGAUAGAUAGUUAUCCCAAUUUUUUUAUUGUUUCAAAAUUUUGAAAGUUGUCAAUCUCGGACCUAUGGAUCCGAUUCAUGUUUCGUGCUGCGUCCCCAUAAACAAACACUAAAAAUAUCAUCCGUACAAACAAUCGUGCCCGUCUAUCCGUCGCGUUAACCCGCCAACUAUUCUGUUACCAUGGUGUAGCAAAGAGCUCCAGCAUCAGCCAAUCCACAUAGAUACAACUCGAUCCGCAGAGUUCUCACCCACAAGCAGUCACAAGGCAAGGUCGCCCAACGCCAAAAACAAACCAACUUUACAUACACAUCGGGAUACGACAGCAACAUACUUCGUAGCUGAUAGACAUGAGCCUGAAUCAGCACAGUGGGCCCGGUCCGCCGUCGGAGAUCUGCGGACUAUCAGUGGACCAGGUGGACUCCUCGAUGUCCGCCCCCGCCCAUGCCUCCCCCUUUGUCUGGCCCAGCACAGCAGGUAUGUGCAGCAACACCACCACACUGUCACCAUCUGUUAGUGCAGCGUACAAAGGCGCAGGAGCCACAUCCAAUGGAGACGCCACCGCCGAAGCUUCGGCGAAACAUCAGCCGCUUCACAAUGGCGGAUGGAUCGGGAAUGGUCUGCCGCCUGCGCCCGUGACCAGGACCAUAUCAUCAGAUCGCCUGGUCACCGGUAGUUCGUGUCGGGCGCUUCGCACCGCCGUCUCAGCAUUAUAUUCCGUGGAUGACUUCGUCAAGGAGAAAAUUGGAUCGGGAUUUUUCUCAGAGGUCUACAAGGUCACACAUCGUACAACCGGCCAGGUGAUGGUGCUCAAGAUGAAUCAGUUGCGGGCCAAUCGACCGAAUAUGCUGCGGGAGGUGCAGCUCCUGAACAAGCUGUCGCAUGCAAAUAUACUGAGCUUCAUGGGCGUUUGCGUGCAGGAGGGCCAACUGCACGCCCUCACGGAGUACAUCAAUGGCGGCUCCCUGGAGCAGCUGCUGGCCAACAAGGAGGUGGUGCUCAGCGCCACGCAGAAGAUAAGACUGGCGCUGGGUAUAGCGCACGGCAUGUCCUACGUCCACGACGCGGGCAUCUUCCACAGAGAUCUGACGAGCAAGAACGUACUUAUUCGCAAUCUGGCCAACGAUCAGUAUGAAGCCGUCGUGGGUGACUUUGGUCUAGCCGCAAAGAUACCGGUCAAAUCCAGAAAAUCACGCCUGGAGACCGUCGGCUCACCGUAUUGGGUCAGUCCGGAGUGCCUGAAGGGCCAGUGGUAUGACCAGACGAGCGAUGUCUUCUCCUUCGGCAUCAUCCAGUGCGAGAUCAUAGCCCGCAUCGAGGCCGAUCCGGACAUGAUGCCGCGCACUGCGUCGUUCGGCCUGGACUAUUUGGCAUUUGUCGAGCUGUGUCCCAUGGACACACCCCCCGUCUUUCUACGCCUGGCCUUCUACUGCUGUCUGUACGAUGCAAAGAGCCGCCCCACUUUCCACGAUGCCACCAAAAAGUUGACCCUGCUGCUGGAGAAGUACGAGCACGAGUCGUCGGCAGGAGCGAGUCCACUCAGCUCGCUGGAGCUGAUCAACUGCUCCCCGGGUGGCAGUGAUUCGGAGAAUGUAAGCUCAACUCCCCGGACUUCAGCACCCACUGUGGCCACCAUUUGUACGGCGCCAGCCGGAACUUUAACGCCGCGACAUCUGCGGGAAGUGGAUGAGGACGGCUUCCGUUUCCCGAGUAAAAAGUCCGCCUCGGCCGCACUGCCGGGCACGCCAAAUGGGUCGGCCGGCAGCAAUGGCUUCGAUGACCACGUACUAAAGUCCCGAGUACGACGUGCCACUCAGAAGUUGGAGGCCGAGAUCCUUCUGCACCGGCGCUCGCUGAGCGAGAACAUCAUACACUUUCCCAUGCACACAUCGCCCAGCGACAAGGCGCGGUGUCAUCAGAUGCAGCGCCAGCGCUCCUCCACCCACUCUCCAACGCCACCCAGGCAGCUGACUUCGGCACAGCUGCCCGCCACGGCUAUUCCGGAUCCACCACCGCUUCCCCAGCCCGUGCCCGCGGUUCUUACGCUGCGCAAAGUGGGCGAAACGAUGUGUCUGAAGGACCCACAGUACAAGCCGACGUCCGAAAAGGAUCACAACGGCUCGAAACCGAAUCCGUUCGAAGCGCUGGCGCAGCUGCGGGGCGUCAAGAAGAUCCUGGACGCCAAUCCAAAGACCUAUGCAGCCGGUGUGGGUGAUCUCUUCAGCUCGUGCUUCGAGACGCUGGCGCCGUUCUUCAAGGAGCUGGCUGCCAUGCAGAGCAAGGCGGUGGCCCAGGGAGGAGGAGCCGGUACGGAUGAAGCAGCAGCGGCAUCACCAGCUGCAAAGGCAACGGCGGCCAUGCCCAGUGAACCAAAGAGCCUGCCGGUGUCGCCGCACAUGACGCGCAAGUACAGCGCCAUCGAGCUGCGACUGCCCCAGAGGAUCAGUAGUAAUGUUGCCCCAGUUGCCCCGCCACCAACUGCCGCCCUAGCAGCGGAUGAGGAUGACUGCGAUGACUGCAACUCCGAAGGCGAGGAUCCCGAUGGCGGCGGCAACUGUGCGGAUGCCGAGUCCAGCAGUGAUGACAGCGCAGUGCGUCCGCCCACCGUGCCAACGGCUCGCAAAUACCGCGCGAAUUCCUUGUACACCCAUCCGCUUUUUCGCGGCCCCAAUGGCACCAGCUUGAAAAGUACCAGCACCGGCGAAUUCGAGAGUCCAGCUCUACUGAAGGCCAGCGCAUCGACGAUAACGUUGACCGCCUCGGUGGGAGCAUCCAAUUCAUGCGAGGAUCUAACAGAAAGCGCCCGGAAAUCCAAAGACCCAUCGAGUUGCAGUGCAGCAGCCACGGCCUUGGCUUCACCCGCUCCCAUGUCCGGCUCUCCGGCCAGGCUGGCAGAGACCCCGGCGUCCGUGUCGUCUUGCACCGAUCUGGAGCUCGACGAACUAAAGGCCACCUGCGAUCUGAGCGAGCUGAAGAACUCGUGUGAGCAGCUGCCCCUGAAGGCGAACGUAACGAGACGGGACUCCAUCGAAAGUGGCUUCUUUUCGUGCUUCAACGAGGAGUCGGAUGCGGCGAUAACCAACAACAGUUUCGGACGGCAGCUGAACGGGAUUGGGUCGUUGGGGUUUGGCUGCGGCGGCGGUGGCAACAGUAGCAACUGCUGCUACGAGAAGUUGAAGGCGCAGUUGAUGCUCGAUGCAUGUGUCAGCGCAGAUAGUGAAAUCAACGAUAAACUUGCGAGUCUGUGUCGCUGCUGCUACUACGCCACCUCCACAUCGAAUGCCGCCGUAACUGCUGCCGCUGCUGCGGCCCAACAACAACAGCAGAGCCACCUGCUCAACGACACAUCCUCGACCUCGUCGUCGGUCUUGCUAAUCGACAACGAUCCCGCCGUGAUCGGGGGCAACACCUCAUCGUCCACAGCGCUGGACUCGAUGGAUGACUUGGACGCCGAAAUUGUGGCUUCGCGGCCCACACAUCAGCGACGCUACACCUGCCACCAUGCCUUGCUCAGCGGGAACGGCAGUGACUCACAGAUGGCGGCCACGGCGGGCCUGAUCAAUCGACUGGCCCUGGACUCGGAGAUCCACACGCUGCUCCAACGCAGCCCGUUUGCGACGAACCAACUGCUGUACUGCAAGAACCGCACCUCGUCCAUCUACACGGACAGCUCCGACGACAUCAGCAGCUUGGCGGGAUCCGAUUCCCUGCUCUGGGACGAUCGCUCCUUCACGGCACUGCCCAGCACGCGAUCCGCGCAGAUAGCCAAGAUAGUGGAGUACUUCGAGCGGAAGCGGCAGGACUCCUCGCCACCAUCGAUGCACCAUCGCAAUGGGAACGGCACGGUGGCCGCUGCUGUGGCUGCCUCGGCACUGGGCUCCAACUACCUCUCGUACGAGUCGCGUCGCUAUUCGGACUUCAAGCGGCACCUGAAUGCGGACGCUCUGUGCUUCGACCUGGACAAGAAGCCGGCGCAGCAAAGGAUGAUGGUGUGCGAGGGUGCGGUCAAGUCCAAGCUUCCAAUAUUCGACAAAAAGAAGUAACUGUUGGGCGGCUAUGGAAACCUGGACCUGACUCUUAUUUAGUAACUUAUUUGUUGAGUCACCUUGAGACUUCGUUAGAUUCUGUGAGAUUUUUAUAUCCGAUUCCUUCAUACCUGGCAGUACCACUUGAUAAGAAUACAAACAAUCGCAAAUUAGUUUGCCCACAAAAGUUGGUUAGUUUUCGAUGCCUAGAAGUGUGACUUAGUUGAUAUUUUAAUUCCUUAUCGUAAUGUGAAUAGAGCGCAAUUGCAAAUAAGCCAAAAUGUUCUACUAAAAACUAAGCAUGCCCUCUACAAUAAGAAAAAUAUUAUUAUUAGUUUUAUUAGUUUGCAUCUAAUUACAAUUUACCAUUUACAUACAUAUACAUUAACAUAAUCGUAUGUCGUACUGGUUCCUAGUCCUUCAAAUUUACAUCGCUACAUAUAUUAUGCUAAAUUAGCGAGUAUUCAGAAACCAAUUGUGGAAAGUAUUUAUUCUUAUUAAUUAAAUCUGUCGCUGAUAAACUCCUAUGAAAUGGCAUAGCUGUUCUUUAUAAAUACCUUUACAUAUAUUAUUAAAUUUAUCGCGCUAUUUAUUUGAUUUUGUCUAAACUCUGUAUAAAAGGAUUAUGUUUAAAAUACAAUACAAAUAUACAUACAUACAUACAUACAUAUAUAUUUAUAAAUAUAUAAUUAUCUAUAUAAAAUGGCAUAUUGCAAUACAUACAUUUUACAUGUAACGAUUAACUACCAAAUAAGGUCGAAGUUAAAUAUCUAUGUAGACUUAUCAACUUGAGGUUUUAAGACUUGAAGAAGCCCCCUUGCUCUCGAAAAAUGUACAGAUGAUUCCGGAUUCGGAUCAAUUCGAGAAGCAGACCGAUUAUCAUUGGCCAAUCUCGAUCGGCCUAAUCCAACAGGACUUUAAUUUUACUUUUUAACGUUAAAAUUAUGUGGGUAUCUGCAUUACAAAUAAAUACAUGUGUAUACAUCAAACCCCUCGGAUUGAUAAAAUAGGUUGGGUGAAAUUUGAGAUUUUAUAAAGAUUACAUUAUAGGACAUAAAUUAUGUUUUGCUUUAUUUUGGCGUGUCCUCCUAUAAUCGAACUUACAUACAUAUACGGUUAAUGCAAUUCGGCUGCAAUUAUACUUCAAUUAUUACACAUAUUGCAAAAGCAAGGCGAAGACUGAGCCAUCGUUUUUUAAUUGGCUAGUAGUUUCCAUUAUACUGAUAAUAGGAAAAUAUAUCCGUAACUUGAUUAUUUAUCGAAAAUUCAUUAGGAAUUAAUGGCUCCAACUGAAGCAUCUUACUUUACCAGCUUAGACACUGUUCAACAGAAAACUAAUUAAGAUAAAAGAGACUUCCGUGGCAGCUGUAAAUAAAGUACUGUAUGUGUACAUACGAUUCAUCAGUAUAGCAAAGAUUGUUAGGAAAUGUAUGUCGUCCAUUUGAGCAUAAAACACGUCAACCUCAUUGCAAAUCAUCGUCUUGUUAAUGGGUUCUAAGUAAAGCCAAACAUUAGAGAAUCAUGAAUUUAAAAUUCGUUUCCGGUUGCCAAUCAAACAUUUUAAUGCACUUACCGACUUGGGUCGAUCAUGAAAAAGUAUUAUAUAUAUUAUUAUCAACAUUGAAAUCGCAGUCCAUCCCAGACAUAUAAACAAAAUCAGUUUCGGACUUAGCAAGUCACAAAAGCGGAAUCAUGUCAAACAGACAAACAAAUGAUUUUGUAAAACUGUAAAACUGAAUUGUACUCGUAUAAUAAAGAUACUGAAAUAGAAAAA